AAAGAUGGAUAUAUUUUAUUUUACCAGCUGUUGUUAAAACUGUUGAUUUUGUUACUAUGAAAAGUGGUUUUAUUGAAGUGAAUUCAUUAGGACUAUGAUACAGGAUGAGGGAUAAUUGAAAAAUGCAUCGAUCUCGUAUGGAAAAUAUGAAUGUGAAUAUUAAGCAAAAGUGAUUAUUCAUCACCGACGCAGUGAUGUAUUUCCAGCAAACAAAAUGGAAUUUUCUCUAGCUACUUAUGUACUUGUGUAUAAUUAAACUUAACUUUUGAAAAAUCACUACGAGUCGAUAAUUUUAUCUGUUCAAGUGUUCUGCUGGCAGCACAGUUCACAUAUUCGGACAUUGUGUGGAGAAAAGCCAUCGUAUCGUCAAUGCGAAUGUACUCUUCUACUACUCUUGCAUUAGCGAGUCGAGUCUCGUCGUCGCCCCAUUCGUGAAAAGUGCCAGUGCAAAGAAAAAGCGAGUGUGUGCUGUUCUCGGGUUGAUGAAGAAGCAGAAAAAAGACAUUUUUCGGUUUGCGUGCGGCUAAAGUUUACUGCCCACAGUCUGCGGGACAUUUGCCGAUAGGGCUGUGAUCAAUUGACGGUAAAAAUGGUUAGAACAUUCCGUCUGACUCGCAAAAGAAGAACUUGUUCGAACCAGCGGGUGCAGAAGGAAAUGGUGCAGCAGAAGUGAAUCAGGGUGUGAAGUGAAGAAAAAGGAAUUUUUUUUUGAGACCCUCAUUCUCUCGUCGUUCGAACCAACACACUCACACUGAAGUGCGGCCAGUUAAAAUUUGUAAUUCGGUGUCGGUCAAAAGCACACGGCAGUCGAAAAGUACAAAUAGCAGCCAGUCCAUCUUCGAUGCGUUCCGCGUUAGUGUGCGUGUGUACCAGAUUGGAUGCGUGUGAAUGUGUGUAUGCGUGUAUGGUGGUGACAUUUUCUUUUUCUACACACUCAUCGCAGCAAGUCGUCGCGAUCGCUCAUCGUUCCAGAGAAUAGGAUUUUUUUUUUCUUGCUUUCAAAUUUUGCGGAAAUUACUAAGGAAGAAGAAGUGUAGAAAGAACACGGGAAAAUGUGAGCCGUGGAAGGCGUAAAUUUGUGAAUACAGUGCUAACUUUUUCUUCAGACAUGGCCAUCGAACGAUCGGUUCUCAUUUGUCACUACGGGGAAGAAUAAAUAGGAUUCGAAAAUAGUAGUAGAAUAAAGUGUCAGCGAAAGUUUUCGGAGUGAAAAAGUGUACUGAGAAGUCCCCGAUAAAACCCGUGGUAUUAGAGGAAAUAAGUGGCCCAUUUUUCGGAGUUUUUUUUGUUUCUUUUAAAUUUGGGAUUCCAAAGUGAAAGCACAGGUGUGUUAGUGGGAAAUUUUUGACAGCGCUGAACACACUCUCGGUGAUAUCGCUGUCUUGAGGUAAAGGAAAAAUCAGUAAUCGUAUUAGAGAGGACAGUAAUAUUCGGCAAGUAGAGAAAAGAAACUCCGUUUCUCCGGAUAUUAUUUUUCUUCGCUUCACGUUAUCCAAGAUGGCUCCGUCUCCGGAGCUCGGGGGCCAACCAAAGGCCCCCGAUAAAACUGGAACGGAAACAAACAGCGCGGCAGUCAUUCCACUGCCGGAAGCAUCGUCUAUUAGUGGCAACAGCCCACAACCGUCGUUGUCUUUGUCUGGAACAAAAUCCCCAUUCCCAGGGGGAACGGCAACAUCUAAUCUGACAUCUUCGUCUUCUGGCAGUUCCAAUAUUAACAAUAACAUCAGUGGAGGACCAUCAACAGCGACAGGAAUCACGGCCACAACGUCCCAACCGUCUACCCAGCAGGACAGCAGCAAGCUCGAUAACAUGGCGGAGAGUGAUCUCAAGGCGCUUCUGGAAGAAGCCAUUACCUACAAAUGUCCCAAGGAUCGGCAGCACAAAAGUGCAGUGUUCAAUGCACUUCUCAGCAAGACCGAGAUGGAGGAUCAGGAGCAGAACUUCUCCUUCACGAGCCGUGCGGUGCAAUCAAAGCGUGCCUCGGGUCGGCCCACUCAAGGCGGCUCCCUGCAGGACCUCCAGGAGGCCAGCAUGCAGGACUUCUUCUACUCGGAGUUCUCGUUCGCGACCGAUUACUGCGCCAACCUGGGCGGGUUGGGAGUGCAAACUGCCCGGCGGCAUCACGGUAGCAGCAGUUCUGGGCCCAGCUGCGGGCCAGGUGGGGGCGACCGGGUGAUAAACCCACGUCAGCAAAAACGCUACACAAGCUCGGUCUCUUCCCGGCAGCGAGAGGGCGGCAGUUUGCCGAGUAACGUCAACGUGGACUGUCCGUUCUUCAACGAGGUCGGUCACCAUCACGCCACCGGAACGAUUACUAAGUUCAAGAAGCGCGAAGGUGGCGGUGGGGGAGCCAAAAGCGACUACGGCACAAUGCUGCUGACGGCCCCUCUCACCAGUGCCGGUGCAGCAGAACUAAUCAGUGCCGUGGCGGAAGUCGCAGGCAGCACCGGAUUGUGCGGCGGAAUGAAAAAUACUGAAUCUCAGCUGAUUGACGACUGCGGUGGUGGCGUCGUCGGGGCUGGUCAUACAGUUAUCGACAUGGGAGAGUCGGAAUCUGACGAGACACAACAUCUGCUGGCACAUGAUGCAAUGCAACAGAAUCUGUACGACUCGGGUCUGGAUGAUCUGGAUGGGAGCGGUGGGGAUCUGUACGUGAGCAGCACGAACACAAGUGGCGAAAGCAACACAGUAAGCAGCGCCGGCAGUGCUGGAGCAUGCAGUGCUCUGAAGAAGAUACCGCGCUUCCCGGCGGCGAGUUAUACUAGUCACGCCAAGCUGGAGAUUGGCGAACCCUCGUCGACGGUGCGACCCUCGUCGGUGCACCAUGUUGAUAAAACAGUCUCGCUGCCACUACUCGAGAGUAACAAGAACGUCGACAUUACCCCGAUCCAGCUGGGUUCAAGCUAUCAGGCCGUCAAGUGUUUCAUGUCUAGCGAAAACAGUAAAUCGGAACAAACGAAACACGUGAUGAUGGGAAUCAGCGGUGGAAAUACCAAGUAUAUCACCACGCAGAACUUCAACCAAAUUAUUUCCCAGCCCAAAUAUUUGGACGAAAAUGGCAACUCGGUGCAGCAGUUCAACAGCGGACUCAAUUCAUCAUCCUCGUCGGCCGGGGGUGGCAGUAGUGGGACUAGUGGCAAUAAUAGUUCAUCGAUUGGUGGCAUCACAGGAGGGAAGAAGAACCGGAAACCAAAAUCGGACCGGAAUACCGUGUUGGUGAUACCGGAGAACAUCGCAGGUUACCGAGGCAAAGAGGUCGACAUUGAGUCGCUGGUUGACUACAUUGAGAAUAAGGACAAACAAAAGGAUACCGGCGGGGGCGGUGGCAGUGGUAAAAGCGGUGGGACUAGUGGUCUAUCUGGCAAUGGACCGAAUCCGAAGAACGGAACAGUGGUGAAGACCAGUGCUGGUGGAGGCAGCAAUGGCAAUGCCAUCAGUGGGGUGGAGAAUAGUGUUGUCGAAGAGAAAGUACCGAAGAAGAAAAACGAAAAGAAAAAGGAGAAGGCCAAACUGAAGAAGAGUAAUUCACUGGAGGAAUUGAGUAGCUGUAGCAGGAAAAAACAGCAGGCUGAAGAUGAGCAGACUACUCAGCAGAACGACACCGGUGGUGAACAACAAGAAUCUUCACUUAGAGCACAGGAAACGGAAUCAGCGGUCGUGGUGACAUUGAGAAAUAAUAAAGGCAACAAAAAGGGCCAAAACGUAGCCAAUAGCAGUGUGAUAUCUUCAACUUCUUCAGCUUCUUCGACCACUUCAUCACAGUCCUCGAAGGACACUUCAAGUGCUGCGAAUAGCGCAAAGCGUGGUGAACGACGCUCCUGGGGAACAGAAGAACUGAGCUACUUGGUGGAAGACAACGCUCAGCAAGCGGUUUCUGCUGCCGGUGGUAUAGUGGACAAAUUGGAAGAGAAGUCUUCGAAAAAAGAAAACAAAAAGGAGGCGAAAUAUAUGGCGGAACCUAUAAUGCCUACGUUUAACCUCGCGAAGAAACGUGAUUCGCUACGGAUGUCUGUCGAAUCGUUGUCGGCUGUCAGCACCGGAGCUGCCGAAACAGCCGAGUUUCACGUAGUAACCAAAAAGAAAAAAAUGAAGAAAAAAUCUCACGGUUUGUUUGCGGAAGAGGGUUCUAUUUCAUCCAAUGUUGGAUAUGCGAGUGGCGCUGGGAACAGACGUCACUUGUCCGCAAGUCACAGCUACGGCAUCGGUGGAAACGCAGCCGGUCGAAGCGCAAACAUCGUUGGUAAAUACCAAACCAGUAAUAACUUCGCUAACGAUCGAGACAUUUACAUGAGCUCCCUGGCCAGCAACAGCGAUGUUUCACGAAGAAAGUCAACUUCAUCGGUUCCGCCCUCCGAGAAGUCUGAUUCCAGUGAUGCCGACUCGGUACAGUCGCUGCCAAUUGAACCCUCGCGGAAGCAGCAAAGUGGACAAUCGAAUCGCAACUCAGCGGGUGUUCCUCAAUCCUACGCCGACAUUGCCCGAAUUCCAAACGCGGAUAAAGUCAACAACAAUCUGCUCGGCAGCAGUAUGAGCAGUAGCACAUCACCGUUGGAUAGCUCCAGCGUAGAGAAGUGGCCACCGGUUCAAGCUGCAAGCGAAGAUCUGGUCCAGGCAUUGAAAUCACCCUCCGCGUUCCCAGAACUAGUCCCAGAACCAUCGAUGGUGUCACAGUCACAGCAGCUACCAAACCAGCAGCAAUAUCAGCAUCAGUAUGUGAAUAGUAACGUUAAUAGCAUUAAUAGUAACAAUGUAGGUAUCAAUAAUAAAGCGACAUAUUCGCAAAGUCUGCUGAUAGCGGCAACGACCAAAGCAGCAGCACCAGAGGAGGACGAUUUUGGCAAGCAGCACCGAUCGGCGACGGUGGCCAGCGGAAAGUUAGUAAAUAGCGUCAAUACUGAACAUAAUGUGAAUAGUAGUAAUAUUAAUAGUAGUAGCAGCAGCAGCAAUUCAAAGCUAGCAUUACACAAAUCGAAAAGCGUUGAUAAUAAUGAUAUUUAUUACUCAAACGAGCACUAUCCGGCGCUGGAAAAGACUGUCAAAGCUGCGAAGGUGAUUGCUGCUGUUAACAUUAACAGCAGCAACAGUUUGCAGGAACCCAAAGGGUCGUCUUCCGUUGGGAAAAUCAGUCCAGUAUCUUCGACCGGACAGUCGAAUAGCACGGUGCCUCUCUGCGCAAUAGUACCGUCAGUGCCCACAGUGCCCUCUACCACUCACAAUAACAUAACCAACGCUAUACCCGGUGCCAAAAAAUCAAAAAAGAAAGAUUACUCAGCGGCGAGUACUAAUUUUACUUUGCCGAAUGAAGUCGAAACAAUCAAUAAUGCUAGAAACGUGGCUGCUGUUCAGACAUCGCUGGAUACAAUCAACAACAAUAGUUCCGCACUCAUCGAAACAGCGGAUAUGAUCUCAAAUGCCGAGUUCACUCAGAAUAGUUGUCUGAUUAACCGUAGUCCAAACGGUGAGCUUAACCUGCAGCCUCAACCUCAGAGUACGCCCAAGAAUAGUUCACCUGCCAACACUAUCAUCGCUAGCGUCACCUGCAGCAACAGUUCUAGCUCCUCCGCCAAUGUGGUUUCCACCAAGCGAAACAGAAAGGAAAAGUCUACCUCCAGUAGCGGCGGCGGCGGGCUGCCGCACUACGCUACGCAAAGUAAUUCUGUUUCCAGCGCGAACGCUUCCACCGCCGGUACAGUUACUGCCAACCCGAAUUACCGCCCGGCUGUAAUUAUCAUGAACGACAACAACGAACCUAACCCGAAGCACGAAUUCACCUUCGGUUUCGAUAUCGAUCAGGAACUACUCUUCGGUGACUUCCAGGAAGAUGAAGUAAGCAUGCUUGAUCAGCAGCAUCAGCAGCAACAACAACAACAACAACAACAACAGUACUCACAUGAUCAGCAGAAGUCUUCCCAUCACUACCAUCAUCAAAUGUAUAGCAACAACAAUAUCGAGAGUGAUCCGUUGACGAGCAGCAUUGCGUCCAACCAGUCAACUGAUUACGGUUACAGUUCGAUGCAGCAGUCAUCCGCUUCGACGACGUCCCCUUCUUCCAACUCUUCGCAACAAUACAAUCAACAGCACCAACACACCUACCAUGGUCACAAUACAACACAGCAGCAUAUGGAGUCGUACGAGAUGUUGAACAACUCAACUGACCCUGACACCUACCGGGACAGUAUCGAGCACAAAUUCCACCAGCCGCCACCUUCGAUGAUGCUACCACCGGCCCCACUGUACUCGCAGCCACCGCCUCAGCUACCGCCGCCACACGUGUUGGCAGCCCAACAGCAACAACAGCACCAACAGCAGCAGCAGCAUCAGUCUCGCCAAUCUCGCCCGGCAGCUAACGCAGCUCCUGCCGCUUCGGCUAAUCACUACAGUUUACCGCCACCGCCGGUCAUGACCACUGGUCAUCACCAACAACAGCAGCAACUGCCUCCACUAGCGCUUCCAAUUAAACAGGACAGCGCUACCAACACUCCCCCAAUGGUAUCUGCGACAUCCCCACCCGCAAUCAUUACCGUGCCACCACCGCCACUGCCACCGGCUGUUCAGGCGAUACCCCUCGUGGCAACGGUCGUGCCUGUGGUCACGGCAGCAGCCAUUCCCGGUGUAGUGGCCCAACAGACGUCGCCAGUUGUGAUCCUUCCCGUGAACAUCAGCAAUAUCGCCUCUGCCGUUGUCGUCAGUGGUAGCAAUAUUAAUAAUACUAGUCUCGCCAACCAAACCAAUAUGGCCGUCACCGCCGUCGUCACAAGCAGUUGUAGUAGCAGCGAUAGCACCAGCUCAAUGGCAACCCCUCAGCAGGAGCCGAAGCCACAGAGGCAGCUGCAAAAUAGUACGACGACACCUCAGCAGCAGCAGCAGCAGCCAGUUUCGAUCAGGGAGAAGAUGAAGGAAAUCAAUUUGCGGUUUAUUGCCCCCGAGCAGCUGCAGACUAAUCACAAUCACGAUAAAAUCGUGAACUUUGUUGGCAUGGCCUGGGAGGAUAUCAUCUGUAUCGGCAGCGCCAAAUACUACGAUGGACAAUAAAUCUCAAGUGUGGUCCGAUGAUGUGUAAACAAAAAAAAAUGAUUGAGGAAAACAAGUAACGAAACUACUCCAACAGAAAAACACACAUACGCAAACAGUCAUAUAACAACCGGUAAAUAUGGUUUGAAACGAUAUGCUGAUAUGUGUAGAAUACAAAGGAGGGAAAAGUAGGAUGCUACUUGUCAAAGAAAGUCCAGUAGAGAUGAGAUGGCAACGUGUAAGACUAAAACGAGCAGAAACAAGAUUCUAUGUCAUUGCAGGAAUGAUAAAAGCCUGAGAAAAUUAAACCUUAACAAUUUCAAAGUUAAUAGAGAGAGAGAGAGAUUGAGAGAGCGAGAGAAAAAAAUGCCAAGCAUUAACAACAACAAGAAUAAAAGGUUCAUAAAAAAUACGAGUGUGAAAGAGGAGUAGAAUAUAGUGUAAUAUAACAUGAGAGAUCAUAUAUAAAUAGGGAGAGCGAGAGAGAAAUAGAAAAACACACUUACACUCACAAACACUCACGCAACCAAGGUUAAAUGUAUCUACACAACACAGGUUAUUGUUUUUUGUCGUUUUUGAGUGUCCACUAUUACGACUGAUAGUAGCAGCAGCCUGUGUAUUUGAGAUUGGAUUACAAGGAAGACUAGCAUCGCAACACCAGUCUCACAGGCUGUCGUCGAUCGCCGGAAAUGCGAAGUUCAUCAUGUUUUUUUAGCAUUAAAUUAGCCCAAAUUUUGUUUUGUGCAACAAAAACCAUAGCAAAGAUAUAUCCUGUGUCUCGGAGCGUGUUCGCUGAGAUAUAUUCGUUUGCAGGGCAAUGCAAAACGAUGACUGCUUCAUUUAACUACUACCACUAUUAUUAUCAUUAUCAUCAUUAACAUACUGUUUAUUUUAUUCAAGAUUCUUUAGCUUGUUUUCUUUUUUUUAUAAAUCGUAUAUUGUUUCAGCAACAACAAAAAAUAGUUGAGAGAGGUAGAUAACAGAUUCCGUUUCGUAUGGUGUGAAUGAGUGUUACGAACGAGGGUAUGUUAGGAAAUCGAUCAGAGCGGAAAACAGUUAAUAAAAUGAAUCAGCUUUUGUGUAAGAACAUGAUAUUGCUAUUUUUAGUCAUUGGCUAGAGUAAGGUGGGGUGCGUGUGUGUUUGUGAUGCGAUCCUCGGCGCAUAGAAGCGUGCGUGUAUUAUCGGAAAAAAAUAAAAAAGCGCAAGUGUCCGAUACACCCAAUGUGAUUUUUUAGUAUCUAAUCGAUGGGCGAUCGCCCGAGAAUGCUGAUCAACCAGGGGCUUAGGGAGGGUAUAUUUCCUUCCCGCUCUGUCCGAUGGGAUUCCGCUUUUUUAAACUCCCCCAACUCCCCUCGGGAAGCAAGGUGAUCUGGAUAAAAAAAGUAAGCUCUAGGGGAGGAAAAACAAGAACUGCUGCAGCUUCGAAACUGUAUCAAAGUUACUGACUGUAUUUAAGAAAUAUAUAUAACGAAAGAAAAAAAUAUAUAUUUAAUUGAACGAGGAAGAAAACAGAAUGCUUACAUAUUUAGUGACUAAUAGCAUCAACAAAAAUAUAUACAACUAUAUAUAUAUAAUAUAUUAAUGAGCAGACGAACUCUAGGAAGGAAGGCUUCUGUGAAUUAAGUGGGAAAUAAAUAAGAAAUUGGAAAGAGGACAGGUAUGCAAGGAAACAACCACAACCGAGGACGAUCCAUUAGAUAGUUUCGAAAAAAAAUGAGAAUAAAAGAAUAUUAAUUUAUAAUUAGCAACUAAUUGAAGUCACGACGAGUCAGUGUCAGCAAAAAAAACACAAUUGCGACAGAAAAAGGAUUCACUCAUACCUACGAGAACGUAUGUGUGUGUCAACGUGUAACACACAUCCGCAUCAUUCAUUCACAUCAUCUUCGUUUGUGAUUGUGUGUAUACACACAUACAUACAUACAUCCAUACAAGCAUAUAAUCAUCAUCACCGGCCGUUUAGUCGUCCCAUUUUUGCUGUGCAAUGACAAGUAUGAGAUGAUGGUGGUGUGUGUGUGUGUGUGUGU